CCCCGCCCCGUCCGGCCGCGGCCUCGCUUGCUCUGCUACCCCCGCGUCCAGGACCCCUGUGUUCCUGUCUCAUCUGCUUGCUGGGUCCGACCAUGGGCCCCACGGCUCGCCCCGCGCUGAGGUCGCCGCCGUCGCCGCCUCCUCCUCCGCCGCCGUCGCCGCUGUUGUUGCUGCUGCCCCUGCUGCCUCUUUGGCUGGGCCUGGCGGGGCCCGGGGCCGCUGCGGACGGCAGCGAGCCUGUGGCAGGGGCGGGACGGGGCGGGGCCCGUGCGGUGCGGGUGGACGUGAGGCUACCGCGGCAGGACGCUCUGAUCCUGGAGGGCGUCAGGAUUGGCCCCGAGGCCGACCCGGCGCCCCGGCUGGGCGGCCGCCUGCUGCUGAUGGACAUCGUGGAUGCUGAGCAGGAGGUGCCCAUAGAAGGCUGGAUUGCAGUGGCGUAUGUGGGCAAGGAGCAGGAGGCCCAGUUCCACCAGGAGAGUCAGGGCAGUGGCCCUCAGGCCUAUCCCAAGGCUCUGGUCCAGCAGAUGCGGAGGGCACUUUUCCUGGGAGCCUCUGCCCUGCUUCUCCUCAUCUUGAACCACAACGUGGUCCGAGAGCUAGAUAUAUCCCAGCUUCUGCUCAGGCCUGUGAUCGUCCUCCAUUAUUCUUCCAAUGUCACCAAGCUAUUGGAGGCACUGCUGCAGAGGACCCAGGCCACAGCUGAGAUCACCAGUGGAGAGUCUCUAUCAGCCAACAUCGAGUGGAAGCUGACCCUGUGGACUACCUGUGGCCUCUCCAAGGAUGGCUACGGAGGAUGGCAGGACUUGGUGUGCCUGGGAGGCAGUCGGGCCCAGGAGCAGUCUUCUUAUAUUCCGCCAUCCUGUGCCAUUUACUGGUUUUCACACAUGCCCUGGUCUCCUGCCAUUAAGCCUUAUCCAUGCUUGGCUGCAGGUAUGGACACCAUUUUUCUCUGUCUCCAUAUAUCCCAGUCCAGCCAGAGUCCUCACAGCUCAUUCUGCCUGCCUUCUUUGGAAAGCCUCCCUCAUACCCUCAGCUCUCAGACCUCCCUCUCUCAGGCCCUUCAUGGGCCCUUAGGACAGUCCAUCCUAUGUAAGUGUUGGAGAGCACGACUUUGUCUCCUGAAGGCCAGGGCUGUGUCUUACUUGUGUCUGGAUUUCCCAGUGCUCAACAUCGAGAGGGUUCAAAGGUAUUCUGUCUGCAAGUGUUUCUCAAGUCCCUAUUCUGUGCAAGGCCGGCAUGCCCCAGUCUCCUAGUGCGCAGCCUCUAGCAAGUGUCAGGAAGACUUGGGUUCAAAUUCAGUCUCUGAAGCCUUAGCUGAGUGAUCUCAGGCUGAGCGUUUAACCUCUCUGGUCUCAUAUUCCUCAUUUGUGAACAGGGACAUCACAUAGCCAUAGGAUUGUCAGGGAAUUGUGUAUGUAGGCUCAUAGUGGGCACUGAGCAAAUGGGCAGCUGCAGCUACUCUGAAUCUUUAUCGUUAUAAGUGCUUGAGUAAGUCAAUGGUCACCAAAUAACUUUUGAGAUCCUAGGAUACUUGAGGCUCUAUGAGAAGGGCUAUGGAUGGUACAAAAGGCUGUAAGACCUGGGCUCUGACCUCAAAGACAAGCGGGGAAAAGGAACUUUUGGCAGUUCAGCCUAGAUAGCACGUGCUAAUUCCUGUGAGCAGCACAAACCACAGUUCUGUGGAGGGAGCAGACACUGAGGCUGGGGAUUGGAAGGGCUUUCUGGAAGAGAAGAGAGCCUCACUGUAUCUCCCCCUGGAGGGCAGCCCACACAAACCUCUGGGUGGGUCAGGAAUUUGAUGAGGGGGCUGUCAGAUGAGAGGCUGGGAGGAGGGGCGGGCAGAAAGGCUUGAACUAGGAGCAGGCAGGGAAAGGGCCCAAGAGGCUUUGAGGUGGGAAUAACAGUCUGUAGGCCCGUCUGGCUGGUACAGAGGGCAAAGCUGAACAGCCAUACUGCCGUCCAGGGUGGGCUGUGCAAGUGUUGGGUGGCCAUUGUACCUGAAGUGUCUGAAGGACGGCUGAGGCCAGUGCUCAGCCCUGACCCCAGGGCCCAGUCAUCACCCCUCCAGCCUCUGCUAAUCCAGAGCUGCAGCACCAGAGCACCAGAAAGGUCCCAUGAUCCACAGCCUUACUGUUCUGAUGUACAAGCCCCAAUCCUGCCCUCCCUCUUCACCUGGAGGUCUCCAAGAUGCACUGAGCCUGGGAAGGCUGGGUCUCAGGCCUACAGGAGAGCUCCAGGCUGGCCACACCCUCGGCCCACCCAGUGGUCACUGGUCGCUGCAGAGCACGGAGCUCCAGGUUCUGCCCUGGAGAGCUUACACUGUAAAGGCCACUCUGAAUCCUGUCAGGUGUCAGCCUGGCUCAGCAUGGCAGGGGUCACAAGGACAGAGCAGCUCCGGCCCUGGGCUCAGGGGACCCCAUCUGGAGAGGAGAUAGGCCAGAGACACUGUCAUUCUGCUGGGCUGAGCGUUGAACUGGUGUUGGGCACGGGCCCUCUGGGGCAUAGUGAAGGCACCUGAGCUUAGGGGUGUGGAGAGCUUCCUGGGGCAGGUGCCACCAUUCCACCACGAAUGAAAGGCUGAUGGGGACACAAACCAGCAGAGAGAGGGUGGGAUAGAAUGGGGAGCUGGGACUCACAGACACCUCUCAGCAGUGGCCCCCAGAGUACCUCUGACGUGAGCAAAAGCAAUAUCAUGACACCAGCAGCACCCAACUUUGUCCAGAAUGGUGGCCUCUUUUAACAUUAAAUAAUUUCUCGUCCCCUCUUCCCCCACAUGAUGGUGGUUGAACUCAGCAUUGGCAGGGGAAGAACAUGAUGACAAAAUGCUACUAGGAAUGCAGAAAGCUUUUAAGUGAAUGUGUUUAUUAGUCAUAAAACACCCACAGACCGGGUGAAAUGGGCCUGUGUGGGUGAGGUGUGCCUAUGUUGUGAGCGGGCCGGUUUUUGCUUACACAGCCACAUCAUUUCCUCAGCCAGCUGUUUAGUAGUCAAAGCCUAGCUGCCAUACUGCAUAGGAUGGGAGUUAAGUCAGUGCAGCCCCCCGGGGCCUCUCAAAGACUAAGUGAGGCAUGUCAGAUGGGGUUUUCUCCCUCCAAUGGGACCACCAAGGGCAGCAGCAAGGAAACACAGGUUUAGAGUAGGCGGGUGGGGUGCACUUGCCCAGCCCUAGUGGUCAGGGAGAGCUUCCAGAGCAAGGAGCAUCCAAAGGCAUUAGCCAAGCGAAGGGACAAGGAAGAAGAGAGCUCCCAAGAGGGGAACAGUGUUUGGAAAGGUACAGACAUGGGAGGGGGCAAGGAACGGAUGCUGAGAGGAGGGAGGGAGGACCUUCAGGGCAGGCUGGAGGAGUUUGGGUUUUCUCCUGAAGGCAGGGAUGGGGGAGGGAAGCGUCACAGGGAAGGAUGUCAGCCAGGGGUGCUGCAUGAUCAAGUCUGCAAGGUGAGCCGCCAGGGGCUAUGGUGGGAAAUGGAUGGGUGAGUCUGGAGAGGAGGGACAUGAGACCCCUAGGAGAGCGAGGCAGCAGGGCCUGGGGACUGGUGCCCUCUCAGCCUGGAUGGAGGUGUGUGUGUGUGUGUGUGGGGGGGUGAUAGGGACUAGAAAGCAGAUCAGAAAUGCAGCUUAGGGAUGGGGGUGGGAAGGUGACAGGGCCCUGGGCUGGGGUGUCUGUGAGGCUGCCAGAUAGACACUUUCAUGAGUGCCAAAACAUCAGGUUUGUUGCCCAGGAGAGGCCUGGGCUGGGGACAGAUGUGGGUUGCCUCACUGUGUAGGGUGGAGUGAAGACAGCUGGAAAGACCCUGGGACGGAGGCUUCAGAAGAGGAAGCAGGGAGCCUAGUGCCGAUGGACCUCCCUUGCCUGGUCCUUAGAAAUUUAGUGGGGGAGGAGGAUGGGGCGGCCCCAGCAUCCUUGACACCCUGCUCCCCU